AUGGGAGGAGUUGGUGGUGAAUUGAGAUACGAGAUUUCACAAAAUGCCUACAUAAAACUAGUACUCCACUCUCUCAAGCACAAAACCUCCUCCGUCAAUGGCGUUUUACUUGGCCGUUCCUCUGACGAUGUUGUCCAGAUCAUCGACUCUGUCCCUCUCUUCCACAACCACCUAGGUCUCCUCCCCCCACUCGAGAUCUCACUCAUCAUGAUAGAGGAGCAUUUUGCAGCUCAAGGUUUGGGUAUAGUGGGCUACUUUCAUGCAAAUGAGAGGUCAGAUGAUUUGGAGCUUGGUAAUGUUGCAAAGAAUAUUGGUGAUCACAUUUAUCGUUACUUUACCCAAGCUGCCAUCCUUUUGUUAGAUAACAAAAGGCUUGAAGCUUUGCCAAAGGGGAAAGAUCGGCUCCCUGUUCUGCAGCUUUAUACAAGAGAUGCAUCGAAGAACUGGAAGCUAGCUGGAUCAGAUGGAGGGUGCCGAUUGAUAACUAAGGAACCAGCAGCGAAUGCUGUUCUAUUGGAUUACAUUUCAUCCAAGAAGUGGGAGGAUGUGGUAGACUUUGAUGAUCACCUUGAUGACAUUACCAAGGACUGGCUGAAUCCAGAACUCUUCAAGUAA